AUGCGUCAUCCUGCAGAUGGGGAGGCAUGGAAAGCGUUCAAUCGAACGUUCCCCGAGUUUGCUGCUGAUCCCCGAAAUGUUAGAUUGAGACUUGCAACUGACGGAUUCAAUCCGUAUGGGGUUCUAAACCAACACCACAACACUUGGCCGAUUUUCGUAUUCCCAUAUAAUUUACCGCCUUGGAAAUGCAUGAAAAAAGAGUACAUGAUGAUGACAGUUUUGAUAAUUGAGGAUCCUGGCAGGUCAAUUGAUGUUUAUUUAAGGCCGUUGGUGGAUGAGCUCAAGGAUUUAUGGACAAACGGUGUGCGCAUGUACGAUAAAUCCACUGGGAAGAUGUUCACUCUACGGGCAGCAGUUAUGUGGACUGUGAAUGAUUUUCCCGCAUAUGUAAUGAUUUCUGGGUGGAGCACAAAGGGUUAUAUGGCAUGUCUUGUAUACAAGGAAGAUGUAACUUCUGGUUGGCACGCUGGAAAAGUUUGUUACCUUGGUCAUCGGAGAUGGUUACCAUGGGACCACGAGUGGCGGGGAAAGGAUAAAGAGUUCGACAGGAACACAGAGCGUCCCCUCAAACCUAGAGAAUGGUCCGGUGAUGAGAUCUUGGAGCAGCUUAACCGUUUGGAUUUUGCUCCGUUCGGGAAAACAGUUAGUCGGACCAAACCUUCUACACAUUUGAACUGGAUGCUCUAUGUUCUUUGA